AUGUUGGCUCCACCACCUCCUUCACCUGGAUCGAUAUAUUCACCAGAGUUUCUCAACCUCAACGACCUGCAUACCAUUGUUUGUGACUGUGGAGACAAGAUUGUUGCCUACCAAAUCAAGAUGCAUAGGCUCAAUGAUAAGUUGGGUAAAGAUUUCAUUUUAUGUCGUGUUGAUCACAUCGAUCUUCAACACAAGUUGGAAGAUCAAGACAAGAAGGUAAAAGCGAUUGUGUGUAGUGAUGGGCAGCGUCAUGGUAGUAAUGCUUGGGAUGAUAGUGGUUGGGGUCAUAGUCCUUAUGAAGCUUGGAUAAGUUUUUAG